AUGAGGGCCGGCGGGGGGGCGGAGGAUGCCGUCGGGGCCGGUGCGGGGCCAGAGGGCUCCGUGAAGGACGGCAGGGGGGCUGCCGGUGCCCUGAGAGCCGUCGGGGGGCCGCCGGUCAGCGUUCGGCGGCGGCGGCGGGGAGGCGGCGGCCGUCGGGCAGCAGCCAACGCCCGGGAGCGGGACCGCACGCACAGCGUCAACGCGGCCUUCGGCGCCCUCCGCCGGCUCAUCCCCACCCGUCCGUCCGACCGCCGGCUCUCCAAGGUGGAGACGCUGCGCUUGGCCUCCAGCUACAUCUCCCACCUGGCCAACGUGCUGCUGCUGCAGCGGCGGCAACCCGAGGGCACGGCCGCAACCCAACCCUGCCCGCAGCCCGGCCCGCAGCCCGGUUCCGCAGCCCCGCGGUCCAUCUGCACCUUCUGCCUCAGCGAGCAGCGGAAGCGGCACCGAGAAGGAGAGAAACCGCUGCCUGGUCCAGCUUUGAGCUGAUUCUGGGGAGGAGCUGGUGCCGAUGUUGUGCUGCCCGGGGUAACACGGCCGCCCUCACGCCCCACGUUUACAUUUCAAGAACGCAGCCCUCACAAGAGUGACUUUUUAAGCCUCUGCGCUUUGUUUCACAUCGUGACAGGUUUAUUCAGGCCGGCUCGCCCGUGAAAAUGAACCCCGCUGGGACAGCUGCACCUGCUGCAGCCGCUAUUUUAGUGCGAGAAAUGCUAAACCUUAGCAGCCGAGCUCCCGAUGUCUCCUCAAACCUGUGUCACAGAGAUGAAACUUGAACUCCCAAACACACACACGGUGCCUCCGAGGCAGUGGAAGCUCUCACGGACACAUCGUGCUGGAUGUCCUCAGGCAGCGCUGCCGCCCACUCCUCCAGCUGCACCUUCAUUCUUGGGAGGGCUGGGGGGCAGAGACCGACAGCUGCCAUGCUCCGGAGGUUAUUUAUUUAUUUAUUUUUUAAGGUGUUCACAGAAAGCCAGGCAACUUCCAGAGAAGCCACAACAGGUCGCUGUGUGGGUAGGCACAGCAGCGCAUCGACACGGGGUGUAGCCAGGAGGAGAAAGGGGAGAAGUGCUGCAUAAGCAAUGAAGGCUGCGAGUCGUGCCAGUCCUUUAAAUAGCACGGGAUGUGCCUAAAUCUGGCUGGCAAGCACGGGGUAGGGAGGGUUUCCCGAGGGCUCUCUAAAUUUACCCAUCACCCAGGUCAUUCCCAAAUCGUGCCUGUACAGCACUGAUGUCAUUUAUUUCCCCUCAAAACAAAUUUGCAUGCCAUGUUUUCAGUUUUGGACAUUAAUGAAGCAGCAGGGAAACCCAAGGAAUGCUGCAUUCCUAAACCCUAGGAAUGGUGGGUUUAAAAAAAAUUAUCUAGCUUAUUUUUGAAGUGUUUUCUAUAGUUACUUAUAAUCUAUUUAACAAGGCCUUAAUUAACUUUAACUUGAUACUUGGGGAGCCACUCUGUAUUUAUGAGCUUGGUAACUGUACCACUCAGAGAAGUGCUGCAAAGAAUAUUUCUUUUUUUUCCCUUUUUUUCCUUAUUCCAUCUGUGCUGUUCUCCUGGCCAGCUUUACUGCUUUGGCCAAAUGUGAGGACUGAAGAAGCAGCACUGCCUUGCUUACUUUACUUUCUGUCUCAAUUUUCCUCCUCUAACUAAUUACAAAGGAAAUUCUGCCAUUUAAUAUGAAGAGAUUGGAAAGAACUUCACAUUUUCAGUUUUCCUUCUGCCCUCCCCAGCAUGCACUGACCACCUUUACCACAAUGAACAAAAAUUGGCUGUACCUACAGAACCUGCUAGAAACUCCUCCUUUAAAAUCCUAGUCAAGAAAAAUACCAAACCAAAGAUCCAGCAGUUCCACAUCGUGUCAGUCCAUUCAGUUACUAAAAGCCACAUUUUACUGGACUGAAAAGACUUUUUGUUUUUAAGAGGGUUCUAUCAUUAAUUAUUUUUUUAAUAGGGAUUUUUUUUUUCCAGAUUGCUGCCAGAUUAUGCUCCUUGUUUUGCUUUGGCAUCGAUUUAUGAAGCUGGAACUCUUUCAUGUUUAUACAGAGUGCUUUUUAAUUUCUACUAUGUCAGCUUGUGUGUGGGGGUAUAGAUUUUUACAAACAAGUCUUCCAGUUGUUUGGUUUUGGUUGUUUAAAUUAAUUUGAAAAAGUUUGUCUUUAAAAAUUUUACUUAAUCAUUAAA